CAAGCACGUCAGGACAAUUUUGCGCAUAUCGUCUGUCACACACCUAUCUUGUUCCUUUUGGAUGCCUUCUCAACGUGGGAGCUAUUGGAGGAUGUUAUUAACAAUAUAGACACUGCGUGCGACCUUUUGUCAUUUGCGGAGUGCGGAGGCACAUUUGCUAGAGUGCGCAGGAUGUUCUCUUUGCGCUUUACCAACAAUGGCGCGCCGCGGGCCAUCGCUCUGUCCGGCCGAAUGAACCUGAUACAGAGUCGCGGCUUUCGCACAACCACGCGCCGUUCCCAGGAUGUAUUCCACGCCCAGCUCGAAGACUCCGACGCGGCCGCGAUCCUCUCGUCCCUCAAGACCACCCCGAGGGUGCCUCAGACGCUCACGGAAAAGAUCGUCCAGCAAUAUGCGGUGGGCUUGCCCAAAGACAAGUUUGUGAAGUCCGGCGACUACGUUACGAUCGCGCCCCACCAUUGCAUGACCCACGAUAAUUCGUGGCCCGUGGCCUUGAAGUUCAUGUCGAUAGGUGCUUCAAAGUUGAAGGAUCCGAAGCAGGUCGUGAUGACUUUGGACCACGAUGUGCAGAACAAAUCGACUAAGAAUCUUACAAAAUAUCGACAAAUUGAAGAGUUUGCCAAAAAGCAGGGCGUCGACUUCUACCCUGCUGGCCGGGGCAUUGGACACCAGAUCAUGGUGGAGGAAGGGUACGCAUGGCCUGGGACACUAGUUGUCGCUAGUGACAGUCACUCAAAUACCUAUGGCGGCAUUAGUUGCCUUGGUACUCCCGUCGUACGGACAGAUGCCGCCAGCAUCUGGGCUACUGGACGUACUUGGUGGCAGAUCCCUCCCGUGGCCAAGGUCACAUUUUCUGGCGUCUUGCCCAAAGGCGUCACGGGCAAGGACGUGAUCGUGGCUCUAUGUGGAUUGUUCGAUAAAGACGAUGUCCUCAAUCAUGCAAUAGAGUUUGCAGGAUCGGAGGAAACCCUUCGGAGUCUGCCCAUUGACGCUCGGCUAACGAUCGCCAACAUGACCACGGAAUGGGGCGCCUUAUCUGGAUUGUUCCCAAUGGACGGUUUGCUACAAGGCUGGCUGCGUUCAAAGGCCACCAUGUCUGCGCUGGAUGCAUCCGAGGGCCGGGGCGCCAACGAGCGGUUCUCGCAUGCCAGACUGGAUGAACUGUUUAGCAACCAGCCUGUGGCAGACAGAGGCGCCCAGUACGCAAAAUACCUGCAUUUGGACCUCAGCACACUUGCUCCUUAUGUUUCCGGACCUAAUUCCGUCAAGGUUGCCACACCAUUGAACGAGCUGGAGGAUCAAAAUAUCAAAGUCGACAAGGCAUAUUUGGUAUCUUGCACGAAUUCGCGGGCUUCUGACCUCGCUGCAGCGGCAAAGGUAUUCAAGGACGAGGCGGCCAAGAAUGGCGGGAAAGUCCCCAAAGUUUCCGAAGGCGUGAAGUUCUAUGUUGCGGCUGCUUCGCUACCCGAGCAACAAAUAGCUGAAGACGCCGGUGACUGGCAGACUCUUAUCGAUGCCGGUGCCAUUAUUUUACCAGCAGGGUGCGGGCCUUGUAUCGGUCUGGGGGUCGGCCUGCUGGAACCAGGCGAAGUCGGUAUCAGUGCGACGAAUAGAAACUUCAAAGGCCGCAUGGGCAGCACCGAAGCCAAAGCAUACCUUGCAAGCCCCGAAGUCGUCGCAGCCAGUGCCCUCAGCGGGAAGAUCAGCGGCCCAGGAUGGUACGAGAGGCCUGAGGGCUGGUCUGGAGUCGUCCGCGGUGAAGGCGACGGUAUCAAAGAAGAGGAUAGAAUGAUCACUGCGGAUGAAGCCUUCCAGAAAAUUAUCAACCAGCUGGACAGCAUGAUCGAAACGGCGGAGGAGACGUACGGGGAAGCCAAACCGGCAGAGGAGGCCACGGCGGGCUCGACCGAGGUUUAUCCUGGUUUCCCUGAGAGGGUGGAAGGAGAGAUUGUUUUCUGUGAUGCAGACAACAUCAAUACUGACGGCAUCUAUCCCGGAAAAUACACGUAUCAAGACAACGUGCCUGUUGAGAAGAUGGCCGAGGUAUGCAUGGAGAAUUAUGACCCCAAGUUCUCCUCGAUCGCAAGACCAGGGGAUAUCUUGGUGUCCGGCUUCAACUUCGGAUGUGGCAGCUCUCGCGAACAGGCCGCCACUUCCAUCCUGGCCAGAAGAAUUCCUUUGGUGGUUGCCGGCUCCUUUGGAAACAUCUUCUCGCGAAACAGCAUCAACAACGGCUUGAUGGGACUUGAGGUUCCGAAGCUGAUCCAACGACUACGUGAGACAUUCUCGGACUCGCACACGCCCCGACCAUCCACUCAAGUCACAGAGCCGGUGGGCAAUAAAGAAAAUCAACAAAGUCUCGACUCACCUCCGCCGGCUGUGACACAGCCACAAGAAAAGCAAUUGUCACGUCGCACCGGAUGGACAUUAGUCUGGGAUGUGAAGAAAUCUCAGAUCGAAGUGACGGAAGGUGCCGGCGGUAAAAGGUGGACCGAAAAGGUCGGAGAGCUGCCUCCGAAUGUGCAAGAGAUUAUCGCCAAAGGCGGUCUCGAAAAGUGGGUGCAGAAGGAGAUUGCUGCUGCAUGAGGUAUUCGGCCGUGGAUUCGGCCUCACCAGUCCCGGAGGUUGCAGAUGUUACAACACUUGGGAUGAGUUACUCAGCGCUGUGCAAGGGUCUUGUAAAAGGGAUCAGGUCGGUGAACAUGCAGAUUGUCCUAUUGCUUUCUGCGGCAUGACGGAGACAGCUGUCCCAGGUUCGCCAACCAGAACAACUCGGAACCCCUCAGCUGACAAGAGCACUUUGGACAUGGUACAGUUUUGAAAGUCUCGGAGCCAAACUGUGAUGGCGUCUCUCACAGCUUGGACGAACAGUGACGUAGUCCACAGGUCGACCCACGCAAGACAACAGGACACAUUAUAGGGAAUGAUAUCGGAGGCGCUUUUUGGCCUGAGACAAGUCGCAACCGCGCAACGGGAGAUAGAAUCAAUAGCGGGGCAUGGCGCCAAAGUGCCUGUUACUAGGUAGGCCAUGGAACAACCAUGGUUGCUUUUGCGGAAGCCGAUACCACCGUCCUGACAUGUGAAGCUGAGGUCUCGGGAGUCGGUGUACCAGUUGGUUGAGGCUGAGGGGG